AUGAGUAAUGCAAAUCAAUUUAGACACAAAGGGCGAUUUGCGAAAAAGAGUAUUAUAAAUUGGAAAAAUAAUAUCAGUAAAAGCGCGAAAAAACUAAAAGAAGAGUAUAAAAAUUUAGGCGUACAAUUACCAAAUAGGCAACGCAUCGUCGAUUUGGACAAAUUAGCUGCAGAAAUGUGGUGUACGACAUGCGAUUGGCCUCUAAGUUUUCGUUUUCUGAUACAAGAAGAUAUUUGUGGAGUAGCAAGUGUAUUUCAUUUGAAAUGUCCAAAGUGUAAGGAAAUACGGCUGGUUAAAAGUUCAGCUAGUGAAGGAAAGUCGACCAGAUCAAAAUAUCAUGUGAAUUUUAAACUAGCUCUUGUAGUAUUAGAUGGAGGUAUUGAAGAAACUCAACUAAAUACAAUAUUAUCAGCACUGAAUCUGCCUCCAGUCGAUCACAACUUAAUUAAGCGGUACGAGAGAUUAGUUGGACCAGCAACUGAGACUGUCACCAAGGAAAAUUGCCAUGAUGCCUUAAAAGUUGAAGAAGAGUUGAAAAUUUUGAAUGAGGGCUAA